UAGCCGGAAGCACCGAUGGGAGGAAAAUAAAAAUCGAUGAAAUCUGUUAUUCGCGAGUGUAAACCACUCAGUUACUGUCCUUUUCGCGACCGUAGGCUCGUAUUUGUCAGUCUGUUUCACUGCCACUGUGCCGGAGGGGACGGCUGAGGGCAGGAGGGCUCCUCCGUUUGAACCAAGUUGCUCGGUAGGGGUUUAGCUGACGUGUGGAGAAGUUGAGACUGCCAGAGAGCAGAUAAACAAACAUAAACAAGCAGGGAUCAGCUGAGCGCCUGGCCGAACCGAACCAGCAGCACGGAGAGAUGUCAGGGAGGGCGAGUGUCCUCUUUCCAGCCCGAGAAUGAUCCACAGGAGACCGUGACUUACACUGAUACUAGCUCCAUGUCAACUGUCAACACUGGCACACAAAGAAUUUCGGAAACACAACACGAGGACCAGCCAUAGGCUUUAGCAGCAAAUCCACUGCUCCUGUCACUGUCUCUUUGUCAAGACAUAGCCAGGCUAGCAUGGACAACCAAUGACUUUACCUUCCAGUUUUCAGCUGUAACGACACGAACACACAUUACAGUGCAAGGAGACAGAGACGUGGGAUUAAUAUGGCCCACCAGGCAACCCCUAGUUCCCAGAAGGCCCUGAUGAUGGAGCUGAAGUCUCUGCAGGAGCAGCCGGUGGAGGGCUUCCGCAUCACGCUGGUGGAGGAGUCUGACCUCUACAACUGGGAAGUGGCCAUCUUCGGGCCCCCAAACACCCUUUAUGAGGGAGGCUACUUUAAGGCUCACAUCAAGUUCCCAGUUGACUACCCAUACUCCCCACCGACCUUCCGCUUCCUCACCAAGAUGUGGCACCCCAACAUCUACGAGAACGGAGAUGUGUGCAUCUCCAUCUUGCACCCUCCUGUUGAUGACCCUCAGAGCGGGGAGCUGCCCUCAGAAAGGUGGAACCCCACCCAGAACGUCAGGACGAUCCUGCUCAGUGUGAUCUCUCUGCUCAAUGAGCCCAACACAUUCUCCCCGGCUAACGUGGAUGCGUCUGUCAUGUUUCGCAAAUGGAGGGACAGCAAAGGCAAGGACAAGGAGUAUGCAGAGAUUAUCAGGAAGCAGGUGAUGUCAACAGCGGCCGAGGCUGAGCGCGAUGGCGUCAAGGUGCCGACCACAUUGGCGGAGUACUGCGUCCAGACCAGGGUUCCCUCCCAGGACAGCAGUUCGGACCUUCUCUACGACGACCUCUAUGACGACGACAUGGAGGAGGAGGAUGAAGAGGAAGACGAGAGUGAGAUGGAGUCUGUAGGUGAAGCCGGAGGGAUCAGUGCUGCGGAGGACGGCGGGACGUCCACCAGACGUUACGACAACCAGGACGACUCUGGCAACGAAGACUCAUGAUGAUCUGGAUGAUAACUCCUCCCUGCCAACUCCCCCAGAAUACCCUCUGUCUUUUACGUUAUGAUUUUCAGUGUGUGCGCGCGCUUGUGCUUGCACAUACAGUGGGGUCAAAAGCCAACUGCCAAAAACGUUUCAUCAUUUAUUAAACUAAUACAAAUGAUUGGUCAAAAAAUAGUCAAAUACUAUUGCAUUCUGUUUUCAGAAAAGGGUUUGUUGGUUGUUUUCACUGAAAGUCAGAAUUAGGUGUUUCCACCGUUUGCCUUAAUUACAGUUUGCACUCCGUCUGACAUCAGAUGUUUUGCAGAGUUUGAGAAAUUAUUCCAGCACUGUUUGAUAGCACCCUCAAGUGUUUUUGAUGUUACGUUAUAUUUCGCUUUUUUUUAAAUGUUGCCGUUAAGGAUGCAGAAUUGAUGGCAUGCCUCUGCAGAAUAGAGUAGUAUUACGCUACGGUCAGUGUGCAAUUAAUCAAGUGCAAGUUGCUGACUCCAGACAAGGCAAAACAGCCACGCACCUGAAUUUUUCCGUCAUCAUGUUUAAAUCUAGUUUUCAUGCCGUGUUGUAUAACUCUUUUGGUUAAGUUUUUUGGAUGCAACUUUGACAUUGAGUACAGUGAAAUUUCAGUACUUGUCAUUCUAAGCAAACCCAUAAGACCUAUUUCCUGCUAAAUGGAGUGGUAUGGUGAUCGCUACGGUUUUGGCACAGUUUGCCUCCAGAUCAAAAAGUACAUUUUUUUUCUCUUACCUGUAGGGCUGUUGAUAUAAAGUGAUACAGUUGGAGGGUGUAGUUCAGUAAAAGAAAAUAGUUACAACAUGAUACUGUUUACAACAAGGUCUGUGGAUCAUCUUAAAUAAGUGGAUCAUGAUUCCUGGAAAGAGACAUUGCUUUUUCAAAUGUGCUGAGUGCCAUAUAGCUCAUUAUAUUGGAGAAAGGGCAGGCAUCUCUACGACUCAUACCUCCAACAUUCAGUAACUCACACCAAAACUAUCUAGAUAGAUAAACAGCACUACAGCCAGGAGGAAAAAUAUCUAUUUUUGAUUUUGGGGUGAACUGUCCUUUAACUGUAGUUUUGUCCACUUUGAGCAGGGCUUUAUUUGUUGUGUUGGCUUUGCAUUUUGUAUGCAGAAAGAUGUUGGCUUUAAACCACAGUGCCAUCUCUAGUUCUGUCUUGUCCUUGUUUGGAAUAACUCAAUUAUGUGAAAGUUUUGUUUUUUUUUAGCCUUUUAAUCAGUCCUUUUAACAUGAUCAGGCGUUAACAGUUACUUAGUGCUUUAAAGCAUUAAAUUAUUAACAUUGUGUAGGAGCAUACGUGCUGAGACAAACGUUUUAGCAUCUUCCCAUCACAUAUACCAAUAUUUUAGCUAUUGACAAGCAUCUCCCAAAGAUAAAAAUAUGUAGUAGUUAUAAAUAACUUUCUGCGAAGUAUGCGAAUUGUCUUUGAUAAAUGAUGAAAACAAACUGUCCUCGUGGUGGUCUCUUGAACCCCACUGUAGCUGGCCGGCUCUUUGUCUGGUUAGUUCUAUGUCAAGAUUGUCUGGUUUUGUGUUAAAAGAUUGUCUCUAUCCACCGUGUCUUUACUCAUUUCUGUUUCUAAUAUUCUUUUUUUUCGUUUGGUUGGUUGCCAUUCUGUCCUUCCUGAGUCGUCCCUUGUGUUUUUUGAGAGGGCUCAGACAGUCUGGCUGAUGGACACUUUAACCUGGCUCAUUAACCAGUCAAUGAGCUGGCACUGUCACUGUCCCUCAGUGUGGCAGAAUAUCUCUGUCCCUCUCCCGGCUGUCUGUUUCGACUUUGAUGCAAUCAGUUUAAACUUGCAAACACAGGCUCCGCCAUGACUCCACCCUCUUGGGACCCACCUUCUGUAGUGUCCAUCACGACUGCUCCCUUAUGAUCCCUCAAAGCAACGUCAUUUGGUUAGGGGUGGACAAGGUUCAGACCUUUUCUCACGUCGCCUCCGACACCUCUCUCUGCCUCUUAAACCUCAGGGCCUCAAUGGACUUUCAGAGAGAAAAAACAGUCAAAGAGAAUCUCAACACACAAACUGCUCCUCACGUCCACCUCCUUUUCUUACUUUCUGCAUCAGUGGGUGGUUGUAGAGAGCAGAGAGUGGACUGAAAGUCUCCAAACCCACGGCCAGCGUGUUUACACGUGACUGAGUCUUGCUGUUGGUCUUGAUUAGGGUCCUUUAAGUUUGUCUUGGUAGGCAAUAGUCAAAUUUGAAAAAUCAAAACGCACCUGUAGGGACUUUCUCCUCGAGACAAUGCUCACAUAUUAUGUUGCGAUAGAUGUGAAAAUGUUCUGUUUUUGCGCCGUGACACCAACUUCAGCUUGCGACUAAGUGAAAAUUGGACAUUGUUAAUGUGCUACACCUCAUCCAGAGUCCGUUUACCAACAGGGAUAAAAUCGUCAUGCAGCUUAGCUAUACAUUUGCAUUUGAAUGAAUAUGACACUGAUUGCCUGUUAUCUGUGUGUGUGUGUGUGUGUGUGUGUGUGUGUGUAUGUGUGUGUGUGUAUUUACAUUUACUAUUCUUCAUCUAUUGACCACAAUGUCAGGGUUUUAAUGUUCCUGUCUCUGUGGAACAGGUGCAGACUUCUGUCACACCAGUGAGUUUGCCCAAAUGACCUUUUGGACUUGGAGUCGAAAACACAUUGUGUGUUUGCACAGUGUUAUAAUGCUGUUUUUGCUGAGGCCUGAGGAUUGACUGAUUUUAAAAAAAACCUCUAAGUAUUAAACUUUGGACACACUGAACAGCAUAAAGUGACUGAUAUUACUUGUAUGUCAGCAAGUAAACCACACGUUUUGAGUUGUGUUUUUAUGGUUGUGGGUAUGAAUCUGUUGCCCUUUUCAACACAACAGACCACUGCGAAAACCUUUGAUUCAAGUGGAUGGAUUUUAUGCCAAGGAAACCAAGUACAGCCCCACAACCAUGUUAAAGACCGUGGAGCAGUGGAUGCAUGUGGUGGAUUUAACGCUGUUUGAAUAAACUCUUAUAGAGAUACCUUUUGGAUUUUAAUGUGAAGCCAAAGGAGUGAAACAUUUCCUCCUGGCCCAGUGCUUUGGAGGCUCAGAGACUGAGGACAGGGAGAUGAAAUCAACUCCUGAACCGGAUCUUUAAUGGAUUUGAUAUUUAGGCACAACAGGAAGAGGAUAAAUGCCAGAGAUGCUGAACUUUUCUUGAUGUAGUCCCCAUUUUUUUUGCCUUCCCUCAAUGUUUAGACAAGUUGAAUAAUAGUUAUAAAAUGUAACAAUCUCACAUGUAACUGUUAAAGGACUAGUCUGAGAUAUUGGGAAAAAUGCUCAUUUGCUUUGUGGCUGAUAAGAGAAGAUCAACACCACUCUAUUGACUAAAAAGAGGGGGAAAGAUUAACAAUUUAUGUAAUUUGAAAAAUCCAUUCUUUGCAUCCAUGUAUCGAUAUUGCCAUGCAAAAAAUAUUGCGAUACUACGCAGAAAGCCUAUCAAUAUUUCCCCCCCACCCCUAUUAGAUAGAGCCAGGCUAACUGUAGCAAGCUAACUAUAGCUAAUAGCUUUAUCUCAUUGUUUUAAUUUGCACAAAAACCAAACUGUGUUUUAAAUAUGAAAUUGGCCAGAGACUAACAGGCUUAGCUUUGCUCAAAGACAGGAAAGGGGGGAAACAAUUAGCUAGACAGAGGCCAGGCUAGCUGCUGCUAACUAAUUAUAGCUAGUGGCAAUAUCUUGUUUUUUUAAUCUGUACAAAACCCGAAUCAUUAAAAUGACAUUUCGCCGUG